AUGGGGCAAUAUGGCGGAAAUUCACACAUUUCAGGCACUUCAGUGUUCAUUGCUGGGAAUGACAUUUAUAAGCAUGCUACUUCUGAGAGGAUAGAGUGUUCUUUAGAUUGCCGUGGGGCUCCUUCAGUUAUUAAAGAUCCUUCAUUUAGGCAUUGGAUUAUCGCCGCUCACAAGAGGAAGCUUCAUCUUUUAGACUUAGGACUUGCAGAGUUUUAUCAUCCUGGGAAAGAAUGCAAUGUUCGCCUUGCUUCAAGAUACUUUAAAUGUCCUGAACUUCUUGUUGAUUUGCAAGACUAUGAUUAUUCUUUGGACAGCCUUAGUUAUUUAUCUUCUGCUGUUGCUAUAGACAAGUGUAUCUUGCUCUGCUUGCAUGCUAAUCCAUGGGUUGCAGAGCAAUUCUUCUAUGGGCAUGAUAAGAAUGAUCAGCUAGUCAAAAUAGCCAAGCUGGUACUUGGAACAGAUGAAUUAAAUGCGUAUUUGAAUAAGUACCGCAUAGAGUUUGAUCCACAUCUUGCAGCCCUAGUCGGCAGGCAUAGCCAGAAACCAUGGACAAAGUUUAUCAAUGUGUCAAAUCAGCAUUUGGCUGUUCCUGAGGCUGUCGACUUCCUUGACAAGUUGCUGCGGUAUGAUCACCAAGGAAGGGCAAGUGCAAAGGAAGCAAUGGCCCAUCCUCAUUUCUAUCCAUUUAGAAAUGGAGAAAAGCAGCAGGGUUCGUACGUAGUUUGAAAUCUCAGGAUGCUGUCCAGAUGCAGGAUUUUCCUGUGCUUGUUGAGGACCUUCCCCCCUUGUAAUUGGACUUGAUUUACAGUUAAAGAUCCAUCAGGUCAAUUAGUUUUUAUUAAACCAGUAGUUCACUUAGUUUGGAAGUUAAAUUUAGAACUUUAUAAAUAUUUUAGUUUCUUUUUAGACGAAACUCUGAUAUAUCCUCUAUAUUCCUUAUACUACGUACAAUAUUUGUUA